AUGCAUUCUCUGUUCAAGUCGGCGCUGGAGGCCGCGCGUUCGGUCUCCUCCCAACUGGAUAAAACGUUUGAGGAAGCGGUCCGUGACACAGGGGAGUCUCGCCCUCCGGUUUCCGACUCUGCGUGCUCGUCUCGUCGUCGCCUGCAGAGCAAUUCGCCUGGCACCUCGCAAGCCGAUCUCCACAGACGCGGCCCUGGCGCCGCCUCUCUCUCACCUGGAGAUCCUCGGCACGGAUUAUUCGACCUCGACACUCGGUCGGGCGCCGAGGGCCGCAGCCGCGCCGCGAGGCGCCCUGGCCUCGCCUCUGCUGCAGAGGCUACCCGAGGCGCUGAUGCAGAAGCGAAACGCGUUUACACCUCAGAGGCAGGAGGAGCUUCAGGUGCAGGAUUUGGUCUCGCGACAGGGUCGUUCGGCGCCGAUCUCUCCUCCGAAGAUCUGCGGGCGCGUGCCCGCGAGCUCGGGGGCAACGCGCUCGAGGGAGUUGCGCGAUUCUGGGGGCGCAUGCGCGAAGACGCGGCGGCGGCUGCCCAGGCUGCAGCCUCUCAGCUGGGCGCCGGGACUGAUGCCGCGUUGGAGGAGGAGGCCGAGAAGCGGAGAGAGGAGAUUCGCCGGCAGAGACGACGCGAGCGACUGAUGCUCGAGGAGCGGCAGAGACAGAGGGAACAUGCAGCGGGUCCGAGCCGACGCAGCCACCCAGAGAGCGGCGAGGAAGGUGCAAGGAGACAAGAGGCGAGACGGAAUGAAGUGCAUCUUCUGAAAGAGGACGAGGCAAGCAAGCCUGCUGCCUCGGAGGGAGAUGAAGCACGGAAGGGGCAACGCGGUGACUCGUGGACUUCUCUCGGUCACGUACAGCGCGAAGAGGGUCCCUCGAAAGAACAAAAUGCAUUGCUUCCCCAUCCUGGCCGGGCUGCUUCUCAGCCGCAGCCGCCUCCACCUCCACCUCCGCCUCGCGACUUGCUUUGUGCAGACUCGGCGCAUGCAGCACAUGCUGACGAAACGCCUCUCGAGAGAAGACACAGAAGAAAUUCAGGCGUCUCUAGGACCGAUGGAGAAACGCCUGCGCCGUCGGUGAGGCUCAGCCACCCACUGGGCCUUGUGCCGGCUUCAGGGCCAUGUGUACGCUCCUCGGAUGUGUGUGGGGACUUGGGAGAGGACCUUUUAGCCUUUCCGCGGCCUGCACCGAGAGAAAACGAAGACCAUUUGCUCUCUCCUGUUAAGGGCACUCCUGACAACGACCUCUUCUCCGCGACGGGAUCUCCGUCACACCCGCUGCCUUCUGCCGGACGCCCUCCACGUUCGACUACUUCCACCAGUCUGGCGCCCUCUACAGGGGAUCCUUUUGUCGACCUCAGCUCCGUUCCUGCUCCUCCUCUCGACACCUCGAAAGGUGACAGUUGCCGCUCGCCGUCUCUCUCAGCUCUUCGUGAUGUUUUCUCGUCUCCUGCACCCCUCGACAAUCCUUCUGAGUCUUUGGUCUCUGCAGUCCUCGAGACCGUGAAGGCUCCUGAGGCUCUGCAAGAGGUCCCUGAGACCCUUGAGGCUGUAUGCUGUUCUUCGGACCUGCGAGGGCAUGCAAGUCGAAUUGCAUGCACGCAGGAGCGGCUGCCGGACUCCGCCGCAUUGCACGCCCUGCAUGAGGAGGCGGACCGUAACGGGUCUGCGGCGCCGGACUCCGCGGCGGGGGCUCUGGAGAGGAGGACCCUCCAAGCUGGUGAAGUUUCUGGGAGCCUGGCGCCUGAGGAAAGCUCGCGAAAUGAGGAUUUCUUGGAAGUGCUGCAUGAGGAAGCGACUUCGGAGGAGACUCAGGCGGCGCGUCUCCGUUUACAAGCCAAAGUGGCGCGGAGACACAGCAGCGACGUGGAGGAGAUGGCGGCGGCAUCUAGCCCCUCAGAGGCGGCAAAGACAAACUCGGAGGUCGCGCUCCAGGGAGCCAGUGGAGGUGAAAAAACAGUGUUUCUCGAUGGAGCAGGGCAUGUAAAGACGACUUCAGGAGACCUCGCUGGUGCCUCCCUCGAUGGCGGGUCCCUGCCGCUGUGCCACCGAAGUCGCUGUGUCUCUGAGGGCUCCAAAGGAGAGGCUGGAGAUUGCGUCGGAGGAGAGGAAAGUGCCUUCGAUGAACCUGCUUCGCUGGCGCCGGCUGUAGAUGGCGCGAAGGACAAGGCACCUUCGGAAACAGAUGCAUGCGCUGGCGGUCGUUCUUCAGCGACGGACCUUCCAGGCGAGGAGGCGGAGUUUGGAGGUUUGGGCCUUGCAGAGAGACGAAAAGAGACCCAGUUCGCGGUUGAAGACGGAGGGCGGCUGGGUGGCCUGGCGUUUCAGCAGGAGACGAGAUUUCCUCUUUUGAGAGACUUUGAGAGCGACUGCGAGACGCGCGCCCCACCGAAUCAGGAAAAAGCAGUUCGCGAAACUCGAGGGGAAGGCAGAGACAGCGAGGGGCUUUGCGUCGCAGCAGCGAGGCGCGAGAGGUCGCAUGCAGAGGGAGAAGGAGCAGUGGAGGCGUCUGUCGCAGAAGAGGCUGCCGCAGGAGUCGACAGGGAAAGGAACUUCGGGGAGAGUCUGGAUCACCUGUGUGGCGAGAAGUCACCUUUCGAGAACUCGUUCGAUGCAUGUGAAGGAAGGACCGCGUCUACUGCUCAGGAAUCCACGCGCGACGGUCGCGGCUCACGAUUUCGCUUGGAGGAAAGGGAGCCUGCCGGCGCAGGAAGCAUCCGAGAAAAGAGGUUUGCGGGGUCUCCGGAGAUCGAGGAGAGGGACGCAAACGAGAAGGAACGAGACAGAGAGAGAAGCGGCGCUUUGGCUGUUUCGCUCCUCGAUUCAGCACCCUGCUGCGCCUCGCGAACGGGAGGGGAGGCGCCGCUGCAUCAUGCGUUUGCGCGUUUCUCUCCACCGGCGUCUUCGUCUCCGUUUUCAGGUCCCCGAGAGAGCCCGAUGACGGCUACAACAGGCCGCGAACUUGCACAAGAGCAGAAAGAAGAGAAAACGCCUUCUUCGCCUGCGACAGAACGCGCUUGUCCCCUGGAGGGUCUGGUCGAGGAGCCACCGCUCCCCCCACCCUCGCCUGUCGACGUGAUGAAUGCAGAACACCCUACCCCGGUUGACGCGGACUCGUCCCGCGCCCAGGGCCCCGGCGAGGGCACCUCGGCGACCGCGCUGGGCUCCAGUGGAGACAGCAGUUGGGAGGGCCGCUACCGGAGCCUGGAGGCGCGGAUGCAUGCGCGAGAAGAAGAGCUGGAGGAGAAACUGCGACUGCGAGAGCUACAGCUUCAUGAAAAGGCUACUCAGCUCGCGGCUUUUGUGGAGGGACAGGCAGAGAUGGAACAGAGAGCCUCCGUCGAGCAGCAGCUGAGGCAGCAGAUCGAGGACUUGGAACAGCAAACGGAGAGUCUCCUGCAGACCGUGGACGCUGUCAACUCAGAGGCUCGAGAGCAGAGACAACUGGCGCAGGCGGCGCAGGCGGAGAAGGACGAGAUGGAGCAAGAGGCUCAUCGGCUGUCGCGGCGAAUGGCGCAGCUCGAGCAGUCGAACAAACGGCUACGAGCGGAUCUCCAGACGAUACGAUCGGAGCGAGAUAGUCUCCUCGCGAACAACGAAGCGCUGUCGAAGAAGACAAGCAGAUUACAGACGCAGGCGUCGCGCAUGAACGAAGCCGAGACCCAGCUUGAGGAACUUCGAGAAGAAAACGGAUCUCUGCAGCAGCAGCUCCAGGCGGCUCAAUCCGAGCGCCAGUCUCUGCAGAACGACCUCGAAGGCGUGCACUGUCAACUGAGAGAGGCACAGCUUCGAGAGGAAGAAAUCCUCAGGAAGCACGCAGAGGCUCUGGAGAAGUCGAGAAGCAACAGCGAGCUGCUCUCUGUGAACUCGCAACUUCAGUCUCAACUCGAGGAACGCUCGACGCAGCUUCUCGAAAGCGAGAAACGCAGCGAGGAAAAGGAGGCGGAGCUCCAGAGCGAAAUUGCGGAGUUGAAAAAAAAAGUCGAGGAACUCGAGACGGAGCUGGCGACGUCGACUUCGCCGCUUCUGUCUCGACUCGCAGCUGCAGAGCAGCAAGCCGCUUGUGCAAGAGAAGAAGGCGCGCGUUUGUCCGUCGAAAUUCGCAAGAGAAUGGAAGCAGAAAUAGAGGACAUUCGAGGCCGCGCGGCGGAAGAGAAACGACUUCUGAGCAACGAGAUCGACCGAAAACAUGCAGAGGCAAGCGAGCUGCGGAGACAGCUCGAGACCCUGAAGCUCGAAGAAUCUGUUAAGGCUCCGACAGACGCCGCGGCAGACGAGAGGGAGAUUCAAGCUCUCAGGGCGACUCGCGCGGAUCUUGAGGAGCAGCUCCGGCACACUCGCAGUCUUUUGAAGUCGAAAGACAUGCAGAUCGACGCACUGCGAAAGGCAGUGGAAGAGCUCCGCGAGGAGAUUCGAAAGGAGGAAUGCGUUGCGUCCACGGGGAGCCCCCGCCUGGAGAGAGCAGAGGAGAAGAAACAAGAAGAGAAGCGUCCAGGAAGAGGAGGAACGGCGGGAGCAGGCGACCGAGAGCCGGAGAGAGCAAGAGGAGAACUUUUAGAGACCCCACACCCCCGCGGAGACAGCCAGAGCCACCCAGGGCCUGCGCAUGCAGUUUCGGAGACAGGCGUCGGCGACGUUUGCGAAAGUCAAGACGCAGGAGAGCGGCAAGGAAGCGAAGACCUGCGAGAGUCGCAGAAGCCUCGGGAAACCAUAGAGGCGCCUUCGUCCACAGCGUUUGCUUCUUCUCCGUCUGCGCUGCCCUCGACGUUCUGCUCUCAAACUCUUGCAGCGUUGCAGAGCCAUACGUUCGGAAAGCAAGCGAUUCGACAAGUCGCGGCGCUUCAGGCCGAGCUGUGCGUGACGGUGGAGCAGCGGAACGCCUUCGAGGCUCAAUGCGAGCGCCUCAUGCAGGAAAAGGACGCUCUCAACGCGCGAAUCGAAGAACUCCAGUGGAAACGCGGCGGCCCUGGAACAGAGGAAGAAAAGCUGGAGGCCGCCGCAGAGCUGAUCGGCGAGCUUCAGGACGAACUGGAGGAGCAGCAGGAAGUCGUCCGCAUGUACAAAGAACAAGCUGAGGAAUACGCGAGAACGAUUGCAGAGCUGCUCAGCCAAAUCGAAGAAAGAAAAACAUCCACAGAACGGUGAAGGAAAUAACCACCACGG